UCUUUUACGACACCUUUCACGACCUCUUUCCCUACUCUGGUUUUUUCUCGGCUCGGCUUGGGUAGUUCUACCAAGAACGAUGUCAUCAAUGGUGUCUGCAAGCCUGUAACCUACAUCUUCGCUCGUGGUACUACCGAGAUUGGCAACAUGGGCUCCACUGUUGGCCCAGCUCUCGAGAAAGCUCUGGAGUCUGCCUUUGGACAGAACAAUGUUGCUACACAGGGCGUCACAUACCCUGCAGAUGUCGCUGGUGCUAUCAGUGGUGCCCUCAGCCCUGGAACUGCUCAGGGUGCUCGUACCAUGGCUAGCUUGACACAGCAGGUUCUGGGCAAAUGUCCUGACACCAAGGUCAUCCUUGCUGGUUACUCUCAGGGUGCUGAGCAGGUUCACGGUGCUCUGAUCAACCUCCAGAAUGGCCAGGUUGCUUUGUUACAGGUUACUCUUACUUUCGGCGACCCGCUCCAGAGAAGCCCAUUCAGAAACAUUGACUCUGGCCGUACCAAGGUCUACUGCAACAUCUUGGAUGCUGUCUGCAACGGUGCCUUUGUCAUCUCUGCUGCUCACUUGUCCUACUCCAUCCAGGACGCCACUCCUGCUGCUCAGUUCGCCAAAGGUGUCAUUGGCAACAUCUAA